AUGCACCCUGAGAAUGACAUCGCCCUGGUGGUGCUGUCUGCCCCCCUGACAUUCAACGACUACAUCCGACCCAUCUGCCUGGCGGCUGAUGGCAGCGUCUUCCACAACGGCACACAGACCAGGGUCACUGGAUGGGUGGGAGAGAGCCCUGGCACCUUGCAGCAGGCAGCGCCCCUAGUGGUGGGAAACAGACAGUGCAACUGCAUCAGGGAGGACCUUGACGUCACAGACAACCUCAUCUGUGCUGGAGCCGAUACUGCUGGCGGCACCUGUCAGAGGGACCUGGGUGGGCCUCUGGUUAGCCCCUGGAGUACGGUGUGGGUGCAGUCAGGUGUGGUGCCCUCUAUUGGCCGGGAGUGUGACAGCAGCCUGAGUGUCUACACCAGGACCUCCAUCUACCAGACGUGGAUCAGCUCCCACCUCUCCUCAGAUGACCAGCCAGAGUUUGUGGACUUCACCUCUGCUGGCACAGAUGCAGACAGCAGCUUCGGGUGUCCAUCUGCAACAACUUCGCCAGAGCCUAGAACAUCAACACCGGCAUCACCAACUUCAUCAUCAUCAACAUCAUCUUCAUCGAUAUCAUUACCAUCAUCAUCCUCAUCACCAUCACCAACAUCAUCCCCAUCAUCUUCGUCUCAAUCGGCACCAUCAUCAUCAUCAUCCUCAACAUCAUCACCUGCAUCUUCAUCUCAGUCACCAACGUCAUCCCCAUCAUCUUUGUCUCAAUCGGCACCGUCAUCAUCACCACCACCAUCAUCCUCAACAUUAUCACCUGCAUCUUCAUCUCAAUCACCAUCAUCAUCCCCACCAUCUUCCGCAACAUCAUUAUCAUCAUCAUCAUCAUCAUCACCAACACCAUCACCAUCUUCCUCAACACUGUGGACAUCACCUUCAUCAUCAUCAUCAUCUUCACCAUCAUCACCAUUAUCAUCAGCAUUACCAUCAUCAACCGUAACAUUGUCACAGACGUCACCGUCAUCACAACAAUUAUCUUCAUCAUCACCAACCUCCUCAUCCACAUCACUACCGUCAGUAUCAUCAUCAUCAUCAUCAUCACCAUCAUUACCAUCUUCAUCAUCACCACCAGUAACAUCAUCACCAAUAUCAUCAUCAUCAUCACCAUCAUCAUCAUCUCCAUCAUCAUCUCCAUCACCCUCUUCAUCAACACUGUUAACAUCACCAUCAUCCUCACCUUCAUUAUCAUCAUCUUCACCAGCAUCUGUACCAUCAGCAGCAGCAGCAACAUCGCCAGUAACAUCGUCACGAUCGUCACUGUCAUCAACACAAUUAUCUUCAUCAUCAACAACCUCAUCAUCCACAUCACUACCGUCAGUAUCAUCAUCUUCAUCAACAUUAUCAACAUCAGCAUCUGCAACAUCAUCAUCGUCAUCAGCACCACCAUUAUAUUCAUCAGUAAUACCAUCAUCAUCUUCACCAUCAUCACAAUCAUUCUCAUCACCAUCAUCACCAUCCUCAUCAUCCAUAUCACCAUCGUCCGUAUCACCACCACCCUCAUCAUCACCACCAUCAUCCACACAAAUAUUAAUAUCAUCAUCAUCAGCAUCAACAUUUUCCUUAUUAUCAUCAUUAUCUUCAUCAUCAUCACAGUCAUCCUCAUCAUCAUCAUCAGCAGCAGCAUCAACAUUAUCAUCACCAUCGUCUUCAUCAGUAGCAGGUGUGUCACCAUCAUCAUCAUCACCACCAUCACCAUUAUCCUUGACAUCAUCUUCAUCUCCAUCAUCAUCAUCAUCAUCUUCAUCAGCAGCGGCCUUAUCAACACCACCCUCAUUAACAUCUUCACAAACAUCACCAUCAUCAUCAUCAUCACCAUCAACAUUCUCAUUGACAUCACUAUCAUCAUCCCCAUCAUCAUCAUCAUCAUCAUCAUCAUCCCCAUCAUCAUCAUCAUCAUCAUCAUCAUCAUCAUCAUCAUCACCCUCAUUAAUAUCUCCACAAACAUCACCAUCCUCUCCAUCACCAUCAACAUCAUCAACCUCACCAACAUCUUCAUCAGUGAUGGCCUCAUCAUCAUCAUCAUCAUCAUCAUCUGCGCCAUCAUUAUCUUCACCAUCAUCAUCAUCAUCAUCAUCAUCAUCAUCAUCAUCAAUAGCAUCAUCAUCAGCAACGACUUUAGCAUCACCAUCAUCAUCAUCACUAGCAGCAGUAUCACAAUCAUCCUCUUCACUGGCAUCACCAUCAACAUAUGCAUUACCAUCACCACCAUCAUCAACAUCAUCAUCCCCAUCAUCAUCAUCAGUAUCAUCACAAUCAUUAUCAGACAUCAGUUCCCUCAACACCAUCAGUCUAUACAUCAACAUCAAUCCCCUCAACAUCCUCAGUCGCCUCAACAAAAUAUCACACCACACUGCCAACAUCCUCACUGCCUUCCACCACAUCAGUCCUCAAAACAGUGUCCUCAACAGCAGUCACACCACCAACACUUACGGUCUCCUCAGCAGUGUCAGACCUCACAAGACCAAUGGCAGCAACAACACUCACAGGUCCCAUGACACCAUCUGCCCUCACACCACCAAUGCCAACAUCAAGUCCCUCUACAACAGCCCACAAAACACCCACUUCAGUCCCUUCAAGUCCCUCAGCAACAGAACCCACCACGUUAUCAUCUCUCACAACACCAAGAUAUACACCAUCAGCACACCUCACAAGACCAACAGGCUCCUCAACAUCACCUUUGACAACCACAGUCCCUUCACCAACAGCUUCAGUUCUUACAACACCCACAACCCCCUCAACAGUAGCAUCCACCAUCUCCUCAGCAUUAGCAAACCUUACAACAGAGACAGUCCCCUCAGCAGUAUCAGACCUCAUAAAACCUGUGUCAACAACAGGCCUCAGAACAAUGGAAACAACAAAAACAAGCCCUCCACAAAACAUCACAGCCGUUCCAGUGAAGUCAACCAAGUCUACAGCAGCAACUUCUGCUACUCCUACCACAGCAGAGAGAACAACAUCAGGAUCUCGGAAAACCCCAAUCGUGGUUACUACUUCCACGAGUCCUGA